AUGGGCUCCCAAGCGGCGAUCGAGGAAUUCCUCGAGAAACACCCUUCGAUCAAGACCUUUUCUCCCUCGCAUCCAGACUUCCAGUCACUUCGCCAGACAUAUAUCGCGACCUCCGCCAUCUCGAGCUUCAUCGUCCGUCCGCAGUCCAUUGAUGAUGUCGCAGCGCUGGUAUCCCACUGCGCCGCCACCUCGACUCCCUUCGUCGUCCGCUCCGGCGGGCACGACAUGUCCGCGCGGUCCACCGUUGACGGCAUCCUUCAGAUUGACAUGCGCGACAUCUGCUACGUCAACGUCUCUUCCGACAAGACGUCCGCGAGAGUUGGCGGUGGUAUUCUGAACAGCGCGCUUCUGGCGGAGUUGGAGAGACAGGACUUGAUAACGCCCACCGGGACGGUGGGCAGCGUUGGUUACGUCGGUUGGGCAUCGCUUGGGGGUUACUCCUCGUACACGCCUAGCUUGGGCUUGGGAGUCGACCAGAUCCUUGCGGCGAAGGUAGUACUUGCGAGUGGCGAGCUCGUGGACGCGGAUGAGGAGUUGUUAGUUGGAAUUCGAGGCGCUGGUCCGGCGCUGGGCGUCAUUGUUGAGCUCGAGAUCAAGGUCUACCCGAAGACAGAGAUCCAAGCCGGUGUAAUCUUCUACGACUCGAAAGACAUCCGAGUCACGAUCAAGACCUUCUGGACGAAUUGGCGUAAGCUUCUCGACGAAAAGUGCCUACCCGACGAACUCUGCCUCCAGCCCGCCGUGAUCGAGGCUCCGGGAAUGGGCAAGGUCUUUAUGGUCGGCUUUGUUUGGAAUGGGCCGGGAUCAGACGACUCGAACAGAUGGCUCGACGAAAUAUCUGCCCUUGCUCCAGUCGGGAUGAAGGCGGUUGCUCCGACGAGCCCGAUGGGGCACCUUGCUCAAAUCAGUGCUCUGGUUCCUCCCACCGUCAUCCCGGGGAGUUCCCAUGGCGUUAGUACCAAGAGCCUUAUCUUCACGGACGAUAUGACCGAGUUGUAUGCCGAGUACGGCGCGAGGAUGCCGGGAGACGGUGCCCUACUUAGCACUCACCAGCUCCGGGGCAAGGCCGCUCGGUCGGAGCAUCUGCCAGGCGUAUUCAGAUGGCGGGAGGAUCACAACUUGUUGGAGAUUGUUGGGCUUACUGUGACGAAGGAAAAGAGUCAAGAAGGGAAGGAGUGGGCGGAUGGGCUACGGGAUGGGUUGGCCAAGUUGGACGGCGUAAUCGAAGGCGGAUACUACUCGCUGUUGCCGAAGGGGCAGUUUGCGAUGGAGGUUGUCUACGGGGAUCACUGGGAGACGGUCAAACGGUUGAAGGCGAAGGUUGAUCCGGGGAACGUUUUCAAGUUUGCGUUUGGGAGUUGA